AUGGCCCAAGCUCUGGACUUGAUCCCCUGGCCGCCAGAUGCCAGCCCCGUCUAUGCAGCCCCCGCAGUCCUCAUUCCGCUGGAGCCCAAGAAGAGCCUGUUAGCUGGAGUGAAGGAGCAGCUCUACCACCCGUGCCUGCCAACGCUGAGGCGCAUGGACAUGGACACCGUGGUCAACAGGCUCACUGACCAGCACUGCAGGACCAGCACCACCUGCUCCAAAGAGGAUUUCCGAAGGGCGACCUUCACCGUGGGCGGAGUGCCCAGCAGCCCCCUCCCCUCCAAGGGCAUGUCGGAGCUGGUGCGCCGCUCGCUGGCCGGCCGGUCCCGCGCGGGGAAGCUGGCGCCGCUGCCGCCCAGCACCAGCCAGGAGGAGUGGCCCAGCUACACGCGCGCCAUGCAGGACUGGUCCCGCUUCGUCUCCGACGCCGGCGAGAUGCCGCUGCUCAACCUCCAGGGCAAAGUUCUUGGCUUCAGCUGUUAUGCCGUCAGAUACUUGAAACCAGACGUCACUCAAACCUGGAGGUAUUGCCUCAAUCAGAAUCCCAGCCUGGAUCGAUACGGACCAAAGCCUCUUCCUUACAACACCGUGAACACCUACAGGAGUUUUGGAACAGCCUUCAGCCGCUCUCACUACCUUGAGCCCUGGCACUAAGGAGCCGGUCCCUGAAGAGGCCUGAGGCUCAGGAUGCCUCCUGGUGCAGCGUUUGAACACCCACAAACAAUAAAAAAAGCUAUUAGUUGCCUCAAGAGGAGACGUGUUCUGACCCAAACCCUUUUCCAAGAAAACAAACAUGAACCAAA